AUCCCUAAACCUUUGAUUACCUUGCCGUUUGCAGAUCUUUCAACGGCUCAUAUCCUGAUCGCGAGCUCUUCAGCGGCAAUCAAGCAGCCACAAUGGCGCUUAGCGAUCGUGUCGGCUGUCAUAAAAGAGUGCUGAUAACAUCACUGUCAGCUUGAGUUGUUGUUGAAUCGAUUGGAGUAUUUAAAGCGUCAUGAAGAAGAGGAUCCGAUUCCGCAAGUUGGGUCGAACCCCGGCUCACAAAUGGGCGAUGCUGCGCAACAUGGUGACUUCGUUGAUUGAGCAUGAACGGAUCGUGACGACACUGCCCAAAGCCAAGGAAGUGCAGACCGUGGCGGAGAAGAUGAUCACGUUGGUGAAACGCAAUUCUCCCGACUUGCAAGAAACACCUUCAAAUGUGCUCCCCAACAAGGAGACACUUUGGUGGAAUGGCAAGAAGAUUUUCAAGACGCACUUUAAUGCGUACCGUGCCGUCCAACCAGUGAUCCGGACUCCUCAAAUGAUCUUCAAGUGUGUCGAGGUCUUGGGACCACGGUAUCAAUUUCGAGAUGGUGGUUACACACGAGUGUUGAAGCUGACCAAACGACGUCAAGGAGACAACGCUCCGAUGGCCUUGAUUGAGUAUGUGGAUCGACCAGGUGAAGUGAGGGCGGCCCGUCCUCCCGCCAUCUUUCAAGAAAAUGCCGAGUUUUGGAUGGAUGCGAUGGAAGGAGAGGAAGUUGAAGAACCUGAUGAUAUUGUCAUUGGGGCAGAAGAAGCUGCAGAAUUGACCAAAGAUGCCAAAAUGGACAUCAGCAAGUAGGGAUGAAAAAUUUUCAAUCUGCCUCACUAAGUGGUGACAUGUGAUCGUACAUGUACUGGACACGGCAUAGCUAGAAUCCUAAUAUCACAGCAAUAGCUUUGUUGGAUCUCUCGUUAAUUGUUCCCCACACCCGCCCAUCAUGAAUCAUCUACUCUACUAUGACUGCACUCUAUUUGAUCGCUCGUUUUCACUCAGAUCUCAGUUUAUAAUCCUUAGGUAGCUACAUGGCGUCACAUCCUCUCAGAUGCCAGUGUGGCCUGUGAGCUGACUUGACUGUGACAAACACCUCCAAACACUUCUCGUCUGAGUGUGUCAAUAGACUUUGAGUUGUUGUUGCUUUGCAUUCAAAAUUUUGAGUAGGCCUGAUCGUACCGUAGAUGCCACCCACAAGGUCCCCGGCCAUCUA